AUGGCCACGUCUGAACCGAGAGCCACCGGCGGGGACCAGGACCCCAACUCCGCCAAUUUAAGACCUCCGUCCACAACUUACGAAUACGCGUGGAUGCACGGAUGCACACGGAAACUGGGGAUGAAGAUUUGUGGGUUCCUGCAGAAGAACAACAGCCUGGAGGAGAAGGGGAGGCUCGCGGGCCAGAAGAAUUUGCUCUCGUGCGACAACAGCGACAGGGACGCGCGCUUCCGCCGCACCGAGACCGACUUCUCCAACCUGUUCGCCAGAGACCUGCUGCCGGCCAAAAAUGGAGAGGAGCCGACCAUACAGUUUUUGUUGGAGGUGGUCGACAUCCUCACUAACUACGUCAAGAAGACUUUCGACCGCUCCACCAAGGUGCUGGACUUCCACCACCCCCACCAGCUCCUGGAGGGAAUGGAGGGCUUCAACCUGGAGCUGUCCGACCAUCCCGAGUCCCUGGAGCAGAUCCUGGUGGACUGCAGGGACACUCUCAAAUAUGGCGUCCGGACAGGUCACCCACGCUUUUUCAACCAGUUGUCGUCCGGUCUAGACAUCAUUGGUCUGGCCGGAGAGUGGCUCACCUCUACUGCUAACACCAACAUGUUCACCUAUGAGAUCGCUCCAGUGUUUGUGUUGAUGGAGCAGCUGACUUUGAAGAAAAUGAGAGAGAUGAUUGGUUGGCCCGCUGGAGAGGGAGAUGGACUCUUUUCACCAGGGGGUGCUAUCUCCAACAUGUACAGUGUGAUGAUUGCACGUUACAAGUAUUUCCCAGAGGUCAAGACCAAGGGCAUGUCUGCUGCUCCCCGCCUUGUCCUCUUCACAUCUGAACACAGCCACUACUCCAUAAAGAAAGCAGGAGCUGCUCUGGGCUUUGGCACUGAGAAUGUGAUCCUGCUGAGCACAGAUGAGAGGGGGAGAGUCAUUCCUGCAGAUCUUGAGGCCAAGAUCAUUGAUGCUAAACAGAAGGGUUACGUGCCAUUGUUUGUCAAUGCAACAGCUGGUUCAACUGUGUACGGUGCAUUUGACCCCAUCAAUGAGAUCGCUGACAUUUGUGAGAAAUAUAACUUGUGGCUCCAUGUUGAUGGAGCAUGGGGUGGCGGACUAUUGAUGUCCAGGAAGCAUCGCCAUAAGCUUAGUGGAAUUGAGAGGGCCAACUCUGUCACAUGGAACCCUCACAAGAUGAUGGGCGUGCCUCUACAAUGUUCUGCGAUCCUGGUCAGAGAAAAGGGAAUCUUGGCAGGCUGUAACUCCAUGUGUGCUGGCUACCUGUUCCAACCAGACAAACAGUAUGACGUCACGUACGACACAGGGGACAAAGCUAUCCAGUGUGGUCGGCAUGUUGACAUCUUUAAGUUCUGGCUCAUGUGGAAGGCCAAGGGCACCAUAGGCUUUGAGCAGCACAUUGACAAGUGUCUGGAACUGUCUCAGUACCUGUACAACAAGAUAAAGAACAGGGAGGGAUAUGAGAUGGUAUUCGAUGGAGUGCCACAGCACACCAACGUUUGUUUCUGGUACAUACCACCCAGCCUGAGAGGCAUGCCAGAAAGUGACGAGCGGCGAGAAAAACUCCACAGGGUGGCGCCAAAGAUCAAGGCCAUGAUGAUGGAGUCAGGGACCACAAUGGUGGGCUACCAGCCUCAGGGCAAUAAAGUCAACUUCUUCCGUAUGGUCGUCUCCAACCCCGCGGCCACCCAGUCUGACAUUGACUUCCUCAUUGAUGAGCUUGAGAGGCUGGGUCACGACCUGUAG